GAAGUGCCUGGACCUGUGCAGAAAACCGUAGUACGGAGUUAUGUGUCCUCCCCUCUUCCUUCCUGGCCCACAGAUAUCACCAGGAGGGAAAAGCUCGAUCUGCGGUUUAGAGAGGAUGACAGGCAUCAGCUGUUAUAGUAAACAAAGAACCGUGAUAUUAUACAAAGAGUUGAGCUAGGACUUUCGCUGAAAUGGACGGUACAUUUAAUUCCGCUGAAGGCGGUCAACCGCUUAGCAGUAGAAAUUCAUUUACAGAUUACACGGAGAAUUCCGAUAACCAUGACAUUUGGUGGUACCUGCCAGACUCCGUACUUCUAAGCAUUUUUCAAUAUCUUACGCCAAAAGAGCUGCUGACAGUUGGAGAAGUAUGCAGAACAUGGCACAGGGUUUGCAAAGACGAAUUCCUGUGGAAGGAUCUCUUUUACCAAACCUACAAAAUCGAUCCGAACGUGAGCAUUAUGCCUGGCAAAACUUCUUGGCUUCAAGAAUUCAAACGGCUUACUUACCACACUCCGUUGUUGGAAACCGAGGUCCGCAAAGAACACACCAACCAAGUACUGCACGUUAGCUUUUCGCAUAAUGGGCAAAUGUUCACAACAUGCUCCAAAGACGGCUACAUAAUUGUAUGGAACAGUAGUUAUCCAGCAAGUAUUAAAUACCAUCGAGACAUGAAAACAUUUAGCUGGAAGUACACACAAUUUUCUCAAUUCAAUUCAUCCGAUACCUUGCUUCUUGUAUCUGGAGUUCACUUUGGAACUCCCCACAGUACCUCUGGAGAAAUUGCAGUCUUUAGUCUUGAGCCUGGAUUUGAACUUCAGUGCAGAGUUGUGAAUAAACCCUAUGACAUAUUCGGCACAUGGUACAGCGAGCGACACUUACUAAGCGGAGAUCUGCACUGGUUAGCACACUUGGUUAGCACAAGUGUGUUAUGGCUGAACAAAGCUAGCCAAGAGUCCGCCAGCGAACAUGUACCGAUAAUGAAUCAACUGUAUCGAUUUUACAACAGCAAUGCAUCCUCGAUUAGAGCUGUGAUGGUAGCUAAUUGUUUAUCCCCCGCAUCGCCGAAAACUGAAACUCAGCAAAAUGAACCAUUAACUUCUGAUGUCAGAGAAGAGAAAGGGAAUCCACCAAGCCAUAGAGAGCUAUCCUCCAUGUCUUCAAAUAAUGGUCAACAGCAGACUGAAGAACCUGAAGUUCUACAUCAUGCGUCAUCCAGACUGCAAUACAGCACACUGGAAGGUGGGUUUCUUAACUGGCGAAGGCUCGGCGAUGGGUUUGAGUAUGCAAGUCCCAUUCAGUACAACGAAAAUUACCGACAAGUGGAAAUCGAAAAAGAUACGACAGAUCAUAGUUGCGAAAAUGAUGAUCUGACGUGGGAAGAAGAAAGCGAGACAACAGAGUCAUCAGAUGGAGAGGAUUGUGACUCUGACGAUUUAGCUGACAGCCCGGAGAAGUAUCUCAUUUUUACGACUGGGUCAAAAACUUACACUCCCCACCAAAUUGGUUUUAAACGUAUCAAGCCGAUGAGUUUUCCGAGACGUCUUGAUCCUGGGCCUUCUCUAAAAGAGAGGAUUGCCCAGCGAGAACGUGAGCGCGAGAGACAAAAUUGCAGAUCACCUAGAACCGAGCCUAAUUGGCUGGACUAUAAUGCUGUCGCCGAUAAAUUUGACAAAGUAGAUCAUCUCAUAGAUCUUCAUGGUCAUGUUAUCGGAAUGAGUUUAUCUCCAGAUCACAGAUAUUUGUAUGUUAAUACAAGACCGUGGCCAAGGGGCUACGUUAUCACAAACCCGUUGGAACCACCACCAAUUGCUCAAGAAAUUGAUAUUCACGUUAUCGAUUUGGUUACUUUGAAACAAGUUGGUACAAUGCUACGGGCGCACAAGGCUUACACGCCGAAUCACGAAUGUUUUUUUAUAUUCUUAGAUGUGUGCAAUGAAUAUGUUGCAAGUGGAGCAGAGGAUAAGCAUGGUUAUCUUUGGGAUCGACAUUACGGAGUAUGUUUAGCUAAACUACCGCAUUCUGAUGUCGUAAACUCUGUUGCAUUUAAUCCGAAGGAUCCUGAAAUGCUUGUAACCACCAGCGAUGACUACACAGUUAAAGUUUGGCGAAGUCGAUCGAUGGUCAAAGAGCUGGGAUUAAAUGAAGAAAUGUAUCGCAGGGGAUUGGAAGUAAGAAAACGAUGUCGGUAUCACAGGAGCAGCUGUAACGUUGACUGAUUAAAAGCUAUUCAAUUUCCAAUUUAAAAACCUUUGCGCAAUAUUAAUUACUAAUUUAGCUUUUCACGAAGUCCUUUCGGGAAGUUAGAUUUUGGAAUGAUUAUAAAAUAAAUUGAAGUACCGGUGUAGAGUUUAAAAAGGAUUGGAAUCUAAUCGCACCAAAUAUGAUCUGAAUUCAUAAAAGGUACAAUGUCUAUUAUAGAAUAGUGCAAUUUUACUCUAUAAAAAUUUGAGUAACUAGUCUACAUUGCGAUUAACAGCCAUUUUAACUCAAUUAGACAGAGAAAUCUGGUUGAUUUUGUUGACACCAAUAUUUAUCUUGCAGCUAAUUUACUUAUGUACAUUAGUAUACGUUGAUUGGGUAAUACAUCAAUUAUUUUAUACAUCAAUAUAUGCUGUAUUGUAUUAAACAUAAGUCGACCCUGAAUGUAAGUUGACUUCUGAUUCUGAGACUUUAUUUCAGUAAUUAUUCUUCAAAUAUACCUGUAAAGUCAAUCGCUCAUAUCAGUUGAGUACAAAUUUUUUAAAGCAAACCAGCACCAGAGACCUCGACUUAUGUUCGAAAAACACUGUAUUUAAUACUAUCGUAUUGUUUUUAAUGUCCAAGUUUCUUGAGGAAAAUAUUUGAUCGAACUCAACUGGCCAGAAAUUCUGUGAAAGAAACCUGAUGUUCGGUUGAGUUUUUUUUUGAUGCGAAGGUUUUUGGAAAAUUAAAAUUUUGGAAGUUGAACAAACGAAAGAUCAAUUGUUUAUUAACAAUUUGCAAUGUUGUGACUUCACUAGGUGUAGGGUUAUAACUAAUAUGUACAAGUGAACGGUUUUCUUCAGUUGUAUGAAUAUCUACUGGUUUCAAAGAUUUCACUUUUUCGUGCAGGAAUCACGACUGAAAAUUUCGUUAUAAGUUGUUUGAAUUACUUCUACUUUGAAGUAUAGUUUGUAACUUGACUAAAAUUUAUAGAUAUUGCAGCAUAUAUAACUGUAGAUUCACAAGCGUGCAUGCUACAAUUCCAUUAUUGAUGACGUAUUAGAUACGACAGAAACAUCUGGCAUAAAAGUUGCAAUGCGCAAGACGUGACAUCAUAGUCUUGAAUUACAAUAACUUCAAUUUUAAUGAAUUUUCAUGAUGAACGUUUUUUUUGUCAUUUGUUUAGCAUGGUAAA